GAUCCUUCGUUGUGUUGUCCAUAGUUUGAUUCAUUCUGCAAGUUCGAGCUAGAAACAUACAUUCUUUCAAGUUCUAUUACAAAUUCAAUCGCUUCAGCCCGUAGUGCUGGAUUACGGGCAGGAUUUUCGAACAUAUGUAGAGAGUUUGGUUUUAAAAGCCCAAAUUAUGAUGUCAGAUUAGGUCAUGGAAUCAACGACGCCUUCAACGAUCAUUUAAAACUUCCGAAGGAUUGAGGGGUAUAACGUCCACACUCCAGAGAAUUCAGACUCCACUUGGAUGUAGAACAAAUGUUUUCAGUCUCUCCUGAUAUUCUUAGAAUCGCAUUUGAAACCCUGAAAUAUGACGCGGUCGCAAGUUGUGCUCUCCUUUUUUUCCUUUUUCUCGGAGGCAAUUUGCACGUGCUUGUUCACUAAGAUAGAUACCGCCUUCUCAUCAUUGGUUCAUUCCACGAUGAGUUGGUGAUGCUUUUCUAACACCUACAUCUUCCACUGCUUUCAUGCAUUUUGGUUACUGCAUUGUGAUCCAGAAGGAUUGGGCUGAGGAUGGCCUUGUGUAGAGUUCCCACAUUGGGUUUCAAACAGACUACUUCAGUCGCCGCCGGGAGAAGGCAAUCACUUAACACGGUGGACGGUUUAAGGAUUGCGAGGAUUCGCCAGGUCGGUAGAUUUCUGAGUUUAGGAGGUGAUACAACGUGGAGCAAUGGAUUUCAAAUGCAGCCGCGACAAGGUCAGCAAGGUGUUGUGGCAUCUGCAGUGGAGGGAAAAUUUGUUGCUGUCCCUGAGGCACAGCCGAAGCCGUUACGCAUUCUGGUUAGCACAGGCGACGUGAUGGGUGAUAUUCAUGGCGCUGCUCUCGUCCGUGCUCUCAUUGACGCAGCUGGAGCGGAGAAAGUUGAAGUCGAGGUUUACGCAAUGGGAGGCAAGCGGAUGAAGGAUGCAGGAGCUGUUAUGAUUGGGGAUAAUACUGGAAUAAGUUCCAUCGGACUGCUAGAAGCACUUCCGCUUAUAAUACCUGCCUUGCGAAUUCAGGCGAAUGUACGCAAGUUUUUAAAAAGCAAUCCUCCCGACAUAGUGGUGUUGAUGGAUUAUCCAGGGAUCAAUAUACCUUUCGGAAAGUAUGUCAAGAAAGAAUUCGGAUGUAAGGUUGUUUAUUAUAUUCCGCCUAAUGAAUGGCUAUGGAACACGUCACGAACUGGAGCUAUUACUGACGCUUGCGAUACGAUUCUCUCGGUCUACCCUGCCGAGGCGGAUUACUUUCGCAAGGCUGGUGGACAUGUUGUAGAAGUGGGUCAUCCUUUACUUGACUACUACUCUCCAACUCGAACUCGAACCGAGGCGAGGGAGGCUCUUGGGUAUGGUGAAAAAGACCUAGUGAUUCUACUGAUGCCAGCAUCACGAGCUCAGGAAUUGAGACACGUUUGGCCCAUUAUUGCAUCAGCAGCGAGACUUUUGUUGCACCGCAUUCUUGCUUUGAAAGGACAACAUCGCUUGCAUUUCAUCGUUCCAUCCGUUUUACCAAAUGGAGAGCAUAUUCUUGAGCAAAGCUUUGAAGAGUUUGGUCUCACUGGCUAUGCGUCUCUUUGGCACGGAGAUACCAAGAUAUUAAUGUCUGCUGCAGAUCUGGCAAUUACAAAGUCAGGCAGUGUGAACCUGGAGCUAACUCUCCACAGUGUACCCCAAGUGGUGGUUUAUAAAUUGGACAAAGCGACAGCAUGGAUUGCACGGAACAUUUUUAAGUUAUCUGUGAAAUACAUAUCCCUGAUUAAUCUGAUCCUUGACGAGCAGGUGGUACCAGAGUUCAUACAAGAUGCUGCGGAUCCAGUGAAAGUGGCGAAUUCUGCCUUUGAUCUUUUGUCGUUGACAGAUUCAAAAUAUAGGAACAUGGUUUUGGAUGGUUACACCAAGCUAAUGCCCUUACUUGGAAAACCCGGCGUUUCUAAGAGGACAGCUCAAUAUAUAUUGGAUUCUUUGAAUUCUGACAGAUGAUGCAGAAGAAAAAUUAUUUACGUUGACUGUAGAGUGUCAAGCAAGAGGGUGGCUCUGUUUCUUGAGUGAUUGGUCAGUUUUCAUCAAAAAUCAAUCAAACCAUACGCAAUUGUACAGGAACGUGAGUAUUGGAAUUAAACAGGUUCACAUAUCUUCCGUUUCUCAGUC